GAUGUUUCCACGACACGCGUGAGAGCGGAUAGUGUAACAGUCCAGCGAAAACGAAAAGUUUCCGGUAAAACCAACAAACAUCGUCUCAUCGCAGUAAGCAGGCUCCGUGCGUAAGGAGGAGGAAAGCGGUCAGUUACCGAGAAUGAAUGUCAAUCGCUAUCAGGCGGCCAAGAAUUUAAAACCGGCACGCUCAUUGCGCACACCGAACCCAAACCGAAAUGCACUCGGCGAGUAUGGGUAUCCGCCGCAGGUAGUAGACGAGCCUAGUCACCAGCAGCAAACCGCCGCCCAUUCCAAUGGGACGAACGGAGCUUUACGGCAACCGCGCCUCUCUGGCGCUCCUGCUCGGUCCAGCAGCCAAACACGCAAACACGAAGUACUCCGAAUGUCGGCCGCUGCUGGCGGUGGCUCCACUGGAGGACGCUCGACACCGACCGGACCAGGUGGUAGCUUAACGUUCAACGCCAGCUCGCUCAACGUUGGCCCUCUCUACGAGGUAACCGUUUCGUACGUCCAGAAUGGUCCGAAGCAGUUCAUGGUGCAGCAAAGGGCGGCCGAAGCCUCGUUAAAGCAGAUGAUGAACGCAUUGGGCCGCGUUCCAUUGCGCACCAUUACUCGGAAGCUUCAGCUUGGCAUGCCCUGCUUGGCCCGCUACACUCAAAACCGCACCGUCUACCGGGCGCUCAUCACGGGAAUCGGACGUGACGGCGCAUGCACUGUUUCGUACGUCGAUUACGGCUACUCGGAGACAGUCCAUCCGAAACACCUGUACGAAAUACCUGCUGAAUUUUUGCGACACGAAAUCUUCUCGACGCGCUUUGCCCUGGCCGGUGUCGGUCGGUUGGAGGAGGCGAACGCGGACGUGGCUGGUCUGUUUUCUCGACUCGUCGCUGGAAAGACGUCCCUCACGCUGAAAGUGAUGCCACCGGACGGGGUCGCGUUCGUGUCGUACUGUGAGCUUUACGACGCCGCUGGGGAGAGCAUCCUCGAUCGGCUGGUGGCGCUGUGUAAGGCCAAUGUGUACAAAUUUCCACCACCGGGCAGUUUGGUCCGAGGGGCGAGCUGUCAGGUGGUUAUUCGGUACAUUGAAUCGUGUGCGCAGUUUUUCGUUCACACGCUCGACAAUGUGGAUGCGUUCGAUCGGAUGAUGGACGAGCUAAUAGUACACUGCAGGGGCGGGAAUGGCGUGCCCGCCGCCACUGUGCCAGGUGUUGUGAACGUUGGAGAUGCACUUGCCGUGGGCCUCGGUCAAGAAGACUUUUACCGAGUGGAGGUGAUCGAAACGGUGCCCAAGCUGCGGGUGCGGCUUGUAGAUUACGGUAAUACAAUCACCGUGGAACGAGCCCAGCUGCGGCGCCUAUCGGUCAAUUUUACGCACCAGCCCCCUGAAGCCUACGAGUGCUGCCUCGAGGGGUUCGAGGAUGCAACCAGCGGUGAAUUGUCGACGCCUCAGCUCGAAAUGCUAUCGGAACGAUCGGACGGCGAGCGAAAACCGUUCAAGCUGAUCGUGUGUGAGGUGCGCGACGGACGCACGAUCGUGAAUCUGCUCGAUGAGUCCGAAACGCCCGUGCUGAACGUCUCGAAGAAGCUGCUGAAGCUGAAACAUCCCAUCAAGUUUAACAAGGAGCAGCAAAAUAGUCAACCGCAGAAACAGCAAUUGUCGACGAAACAACAGCAGCAGGCCCCUACUGUGGCCAACAUCUGGAGUGCGAAUCAUCAUCAUCAUCAUCAGCAGCAACAGCAGCAGCAGCAACAACAGGCAGCCAUGGACAAAAGUGCGGAAUCGGGCAAGGUGCUCUCUUCGAGCGGUGUUUCAUCAUCACAGGCGGAUUACAUUGAUCUCACGAGCGAAGAGUGGAUUGGGCCGCCGCCCGGAAAUCAGAGCUCGGGAUACGAAAACUUGCAAGAGGCAAUGACGGCAACGGUGGGGGGAGGCUUACUACGAAAUGUACCACGGGUCUCCGGGUAUGUAGGACCGACUAACAGCAGUCGAGAUUCCUCUUCCAACACGGCCAUUGGAAAGCAACAACAAUUGCCGCAAGACAAAAAACGGUUGUCUGGUGGCAGUGGGAUAGCCGUGCUUGAGGCCGCAAAUACGCCAGUAGCACGUAAUGACAUUCCAAGGUUUAACAGGGAACGAACCCAAACACCGUACUACUACGAGCACGAUGAUCGCUGCGAUUAUGAAGAAAACACUAAGGAGUUCAAGCGCAGCGAGCGCAAUCGUGUGGCGGCGGAUGCAUCGAGUGUGGAGCAAACUACUAACCAUCAACAACAUCACGCUCCAGUGACCAUAGAGAGGCCUAAAGCAACGCAAUUGACAGACGUAUCAUCACCUGAUGACUAUCUACCGUUCGGCAACACAGAAGCUCUCCCGGAGCAGAUCGUCCCAAUGAACACGAAACUCGCGGUGACCCCGUGCUGGUGGUACUCACCGGAACAGUUCAACGUUCGACUGUGCACGGACGAGGAUCGUUAUCAGGAGAUGAUGAAGGCAAUGCAGAUGCAUUAUCGUAACAAAACCAACCAACAACAGCACCACCAACUUAUCCAGAAUGCACCUUCGACUGAUCCACGGGUCACAAAAUUGACCACCGGUGCUCUCGUCGUCGUGCGCCAUCCCAAAAACAACGCUUACUACCGGGGGCGAGUGUUGAAGUACGGCGAAUCCGUCCAGCGAUACAAGGUGGAACUGGUGGACGAUGGCAGUAAGCUGGUCGUCUCACCGAACGAUCUGUGGAUGGUGGAACGUCGCUUCACCCGAUGCGGACCGUUAGCGAUCGCCUGUUCACUGAUCGGCGUACGUUUACUGUGCGACGUGAAGAAAUUCCAGGCUGGCAUCGAUGCUUAUGUUAGCAACGAGUCGCCAAUCGAGGCCCUGUUUCUUGAGGUGCGCGACGGCAAGCAUCAGUGUAAGCUGGAGUUGCAAGGGCAGGAUCUAAAGACCCGGCUGAUGGGCGAUGGUUUGGUGGCACAGGUGUUUGUUGAUGUUGAUCUCACACGCCUCAAAGGACAAACGUUGAAGGUGCAGCUGAUUGAACUGCAGGGCUUGAACAAUUUCCGGGUGAAGCUGUACGGGCAUGAAGCGAUCUUCAAUUGCCGCCAGGAUGGCUGUGAUGCUCACGCGGACUCGGUUGUGGCUGAAGUGCGCAGUAAAUACCUUGAUCGUUACUGCGUGGCUCAGGUGAUUGAUGUAUCGAACGAUGAGAAGUUGGUUCUCUCGCUGUUGGUACCACCACUAACGAACCAAACGCUGCCUACGAUCACACAAAUGCCCGUCCUGCAGGGAAAGUUCAACGUGUACAUAACGCACGUUGAGUCCACAAACUGUCUCUACGUACAGAACGUCCGAUGGGGCGAUCAAAUCACGAAGUUGAUGGACGAUCUGUACAAAUAUUACGAAUGGCAGCGGGAGCACGUUCCGUUGGCGAGUCUGGCGAUAAACGAGAUGUGCGCCUGCCGAGCCAAGGACGGCGGCUGGUAUCGUGCGAAGGUCGUUUCCCUGCAGGACAUCGAUCGAAUCGAGGUACAGUUGGUGGAUUACGGGUUCCUUGAGUACGCGAAGCACAGUGAGCUGAAACAGCUGGAAUCACACUUUGCCGAAUGUGCUGCGUUCGCUCACAAAGUGUACCUUCCGAUGGGCACGAUCGGUAGCGUGGAGGAGGAGCGCGUGAAGGUGGAAAUCGCACAGCUUACGGAAGGACACGAAUUGACGCUGAAGGUGAUCGACUUCCGGAACGACAUCUGGAUCGUGGACAUCACGUCGAACGAUUACAGCAUCGUGAGCGUACUGAAGGAUAAGCAGCUAGUGGUCGAUAUGGACUAUGAGACCAUUUUCAACCAACGCCAGGCGGUAACCCCCGUCCCGGGGGUUGUUGUGCGCCCGUCGGUGGAAGAUCACGAGGGAAAGCACCAGAGGAUCCGGGCCCGGAUAUGUCACGUCGAUAACCCGAGCCAAUUGUUUAUUCAGCUCGAAAGUGACGUGCCGGAUCUGCACCAGUUGCAGGAGAAUCUUCAAAUCAUUGCCUCGUCGCUGCCCCCAUUGCGCGAUUUUUCAGCCGAUCGGUACUGCAUCGCGCAGUAUUCUGCCGAUGAUCUCUGGUACCGGGCGCUGAUCAUUGACAGCCACGAUGAUCUGAUCAUCCAGUUCGUCGACUACGGCCACACGGACAUUGUGACGAGUAACAAAAAGUGUACGUUGCGCGAUAUUAACGACGAUUUAAUGCGUUGGAAAAUUUACGCCAAACAGUGCGCAAUGCUCGUGCAGCCGGCGUCCUCGCAGGGUACUGGUAAACACACUGGUGUGCGAAAGAAAUCCGCCACCUGGAAGGAGAUAGCAACGACCAUUUUGCGCUCACUGGACGAAGUGGAGGUGCAGUUUCUGGCCGAAGCCCAGGGCAUCCACUACAUCGGUGUGCGGAGCGGGGAGAAGGACAUUGCGGAGCUGCUGGUGGAGAAAAAGCUGGGUGUGCGCAUGCUCUAUGUUCCUUCCGGUGGCCAGCGGUGCUUCACGAGCCACAUCGAGUCGAUCUCGGAGUUUUACCUCCAACUCGAGCGUGACAUCUAUCCGCUCGAUACGAUGUCGAACUAUCUGUCGGACGUAAGCAAAUUCCCCGAUGUGCAGGAGCCACGCGUGGGCAUGUUUUGUAUCGCCGAGUACGAGGAUGACGCGUUGUGGUAUCGCGUGAAGCUGCUCAACAUUCCACGCGCGGGCGAGUACGAGGUGUUCUUCAUCGACUACGGUAACACGUCGGUCGUGAAGAAUUUAAAACAGCUCGAGGCAAGCAUUGCCGAAUUGGCACGUCUGUGCACCAAGUGUACGUUGCGUUUGCCGGAAAACGUAUCUGGUUGGUCGGCGGCCGCAGAGGAAAAGUUUCUUGAACUCGCAGCGAUGGGCGAAACGGUGUUUUCGGUGCAGCUUCACUCUCCCGGGACGGCCGUCGCCACGGUGGAACUGUUCCACGAAGGACGUAACAUUGUCGACCAGCUGGUGACGUUGUGCGAAAAGGGAGCCGGUGCGAAUGGCGGUAGCGUUUCGAGCGACUCGAUGAGCUCGAGCUUCUAUAUGUUAGGCGACGAAACUCGACUUCUGGACGAGAGCGACGAUAAAGCGCACGUUAGCCACGUUAACUCGCCGGCUGAGUUUUACAUUCAGAUUAAGAACAGCUUCGAUGCGCUGCGUAACAUGGAGGAACUGCUCGCGGCAACGGCACGUCACUGUGCAGUGAUCGCUGCUGGCGAAAUACACAACGGGCUGUUCUGUUUGGCGCUGCUGGCCUCCACUGGCAAAUACUGUCGUGGGCUGGUGGUUUCGGAGGUGGUAUGCGCUGGGGACCGGCAAGCGACCUAUCAAGUGCUGCUCGUUGAUUACGGGAACCGUGCGACAGCAACCGAGCUCCGGCGGAUGACGCCAACCAUCGAACAGAUAUCGCGAUUGGCUAAAAAGUGUUGCCUCGAACACUACCUGUCCACGGACGAGGUUACACUGGGCGCGAAACGUUGGACCCGCAUUCGCAGCCGGUUCAUCGAGCUUACGGACGGUGGGCGAGAGCUGUUUUCAUUUGGAAUCGUACGCAACGAUUGCGAACCGGCGAUCGUGCGACUGUUUACCUCAUUCGGUGCGAACGUAGAGGAUCUCAUCAAAGACGGCGAUGAAUCGGACGCUGAAGACGAGCCUACGGCGGUGUCCAUGGUUACGGCGGCGAAUUGUAGUGGGACUUCCGAAGACUCGACUCAAACACGAGCAAAACCCAAGCAGGCGUUUUUUAGGGCAAACAGUGAUCUGGAGUUUUUAGAAAACUGACCGUCUGCCGAGUGGUUCGUUUGCGUGACCAGCUCUGAUGGAAUGACUUACAACACGACCGUUACUGUGGCUUGAGGGCGACGCCACGGUGACGAUGAAAAAUACUACGAACCGCGUUAAGAGGAGAAAAACGAUCGAGUGUGGCUUAUAGAACGAAACUGAUCCAAGUUGCCUUUUUUCCUGUACACGCUCCGAAGAGGCGCAACGAUUCAGCAUGGCGUCCAGCCAGCAGACUGUGUAAAGCAAAGGAAAUGUACUUGAAAACGAAAACCCUUGCACCUAGGUCGAACCAAGAAAAGAAAGGUCAUUUUGGAGGCAAUAAGAUUUUUUUGUUUGUUUUCGGUUUAAAAGCGUAUAAAAGCCUAAUUUUGUAACCCGUCUCAUAGCGAGCAGUAUAUUUCAUUCUCACUAUUAUGGUAACUUUUUAAUCAUGUAACUAUUUAAUUGCUGCACCUCUAAAACUGAAUAUUAUUUGAAACACAUAAAAAGCACAUUCGUCACUAGGGGGUCUCUCCGGAGAAGCUCAACAACUGCGCUUAGCGCGUGUGGAAACUAGAAUCGACCUUAAUACUACUGCUGCUGUGAGUUACGGUAAGCUUACCACCUCUCUAAGUGCCUUCAGCGAUUGCAAACGCGCCAGACAUAUCUUUGGCCGGGUUUCCUUUUUAUGCUUUCGGCUGUGUAAUGAACCUCUUGGUCAAAUGUCCCAGCAGUUGAGAGGCUGACCCAGUUGUUGCGAGAUGGAAGAUAGCAUAAGAACAUUAAAACAGAAUUUACGUAAACGAAGAAGAACUAUUUAUUAUGCAGAAACAAAACACAUACAGCACGAAGUGCGUUUACAGAGGAAAAUAAAACAAUCGUUUAAUGAAAGCUCCAACC